AUGCUCAUGAGCGGCAACGUCCUCUCCGCCCGCGCCGUCCCCGACCUCCUCCAGAACUGCGACCUCCCCCCUCCCCUCAAGCUCUUUUCGCCCGUCGCCGACGACGAGGAGAAGAAGAGAAAGCCCGAGCCCGGUUAUCGCGUCCCUCUCGGGCAGCAGAGAUGGGGAGAUUACGGUGAAUUGGGGCCGGAUCGCGGCGGCGGGGACAACCCCAGCCUGCUGAGGGCUCUGCAGCUGUCGCAGACGCGGGCGAGGGAGGCCGAGAAGCAGGCCCUGCUUGCGAGGACGACGAAUCGGCGGAUGGCCGCACUGCUCCUCGAGGAGUCGUUGCGGCUCUCGGCUCAUCAGCGGUGGAUAGCGAUGCUCGAGAUCGAGAUCUCUAUGCUGCAGAGAAAGGGAUUGUGGCAAAAGGAAGAAGACGGAAGGGAUGAAGAUGCGGCUGUGGCUGCAGGGGCGGCGGCAGCGGCAACGUGGUGCUUCGCACUGGCCCUCUGCCUCGGCAUCGCCGGAGUGGGUUUCGCAUUGGGCAGAUGUUUAUGUUGA